AUGGUUGUGGCACUGCUCUUGGUCGUGCUCUUGGCUCACCAACGCUGCCGAUCUGGUUCGUUGAGGCACGUCUCGAAGCAAUGGCUCUCCGUAGUUGACAGCCCGGACUUCAUCCAACGCUCCAAAGCUGCAAUCUCGGACGUCAGGCUCUUUCUCCGAAAAGACGACGACUUCUACAGAGUAUAUGUAUUGUUGGUGCCGUCACACUUCUGCACAUAA